UUAUAUGUAUAUAAUUAUUAUUACCUUCUAUGAUCAUCGAACGAUGAGUAUAAUAAAAUGACCUACUUUAGUGUAUCUUAUGUAAUCCAUUAGUGUAGUGAAUAUAUAAAACAUCCUGCUAUACUUUUAUAUUACAUCUGCAACUUGAAAGAUUGUGACAUAUGCAGCUGAUAAUGACAUAUGCACGGCUAGAAAUUACUUAAUAAGACACUUGUUCUCGACAUCUUACACAAUCCAUUUGUGUGCCAUUCUUUACCGUAACCAUCUGUCAAAGUGCCGAACAUGUAUAUUAAUAUAGAAGAUAAUUGACCUAAGCGUUAUAAGAAGGUAAUCAAUGUGCCUGAAAUGACGAAGACAAACGGUUCUUAUAUACACAUGUAUACAUGUAUGUGCAUAUAUAAAUUAUAUAAUCUUUACAUAAAAAGAAUUCAAAAAUGUGCAUUCGACAAGUUGUAAUGACAUGGCUCAUCCUUAUCGCUAUACCGCACAAUGGAAUCCAUGGUUUUGGAUAUAGUAAGAAAGAACAACAUUUGUGGCCGCAAAAGUACGAAUCAUGCGCAGGAAAAUUACAAUCACCAGUGGCUAUAUCCACAGCAAAAGCGAUUGUUUUACCAUUUCCAGCUCUUGAAAUGAUCGGUUACCAUGACUUUCUUCCAACGCCGCAAAUAUUAAUAAAUAACGGGCAAACUGUUAAACUUACUAUAGAUAAAAAUGCGAUAUAUGGAAGAUUGCCAUAUAUAUUCGGAGCUAUAUUGAAACAAAAUCAACAAUAUGAGAUGGAACAAUUGCACUUUCAUUGGGGCAUAAAAAAUAAUAGAGGUGCUGAACAUGUAUUAAACGGUGUAAGAUAUCCAAUGGAAAUGCAUAUUGUACAUCGCAAUAUGGCAUAUCCCAAUAUUUCAUAUGCCCUGCAGAAUAAGGAUGGUGUGGUCGUAGUAGCUUCUUUCUUCCAGUUACAAGAUGAGGACAAUGAACUUCUUCGAUCUUUCAUAAACAAGCUACCAGAUGUGCAAUGGGCAAAUACAGAGCUGUCGGUCAACCUGUCUCUUGCUUUAGCAUCCCUGAUACCAACUAACACCGAUAUCUUUUACACAUAUAAAGGAUCCCUUACGACACCACCUUGUAGCGAAGUAGUCACAUGGAUCAUUUUCGCCAUUCCAGUUCCAAUAUCUUUCCAUCAGAUGAACAUGUUCCGAAAACUCUCAAACGGCGAGGAAACAUUAGGCGAUAAUUUUAGACUAUUGCAAGAUAUCGGUCAACGUAAGAUAUAUACUAGAAGAUUAGAUCCAUUACUUUCGACCAAACGCGAUAAGUCGCAGUUAAACUUUGCAAACUUAAGUUGGUUUUGGUCGUAACACGAUAAUCAAUAUUUUUUUCUAAUUUUGUCUUUCAAUUUGUAACAUAAAACCGAAAAGUUUGUUAUUCCGAAAUUCACGUUUAUUAUCUUUCGCUAGAUCGUUCAAUGAAUUAGACAUUCAAUAGAGAGCACGUAUAAUAGAGAGCUCUCCUUAAGUGAUACAAAGUACUCUUAAUUAUUUUUUUUAUCGAUUGUAUAAGAUACAGAUUAAUCGUUUACAUGAAAA